AUCGAGUGGGUGGGGGACAGGGAUGCUGCUCAGCCCCCUGCAGUGCCCAGGACGGCCCCACCCCAGAGAAUGAUCCGGCCCCAGUGUCCACAGGGUUGAGGCGGAGACACCCUAUGUUAAUUAUCUGGAAAACCAGUUGAGUCCGAUCCCUGCUCACUAGACACCAGAAUAAAUCUCCAAAGGGUCAGACAGUAGGAACCAGAGUGACCCCCGCCCCCCCCCCCCCGUGUGUGUAUUUAAUUGUGUGCAGCCUCCUGGGACCUCCGUAGAGCGGAUAAUGAUGGCACACAAAGUGUCUUGGGGGUGGGUAGACUCCCCUAAACCAGGGAGAUCUCACUGGGGAGUGCCUGUGUCCCUAAGGGACCGUGGUGGUAUCUAGGAACAUCUGUGGUUGUCACCCUGCUGAGCCCUGGGGUGGAGUAGGUGAGGCCAGGGACGCUGCUCAACUCCUCCCAGUGCCCAGAAGAGCACCCCCCCCCGCCCCGCCCGGCGAGAACGACCCGAACCGCCGUUCGCAAUGCUGAGAGGGAGAUCCCGACUUACACUUUAUCCUUAGAGGAGUUCCUCAUUGGCCUCAUCAGGCCCUUCCUGGGGAGAAAUGAUGAGUUUCUGUGGUUUGAACAUUGAAAGGGAAGGUCCCAAGCCAUGUGGCACACGUCUAGGUGAAGGAGGGGGCUGAAGGGACCACGGGCAUCUGCCACAAGGUAGGAGGGUCUUCGAACCAUCAGACGAUGGGAGAGAAUUGUUCUGCAAGACCUAGGAAGGGGCUGGGGGACCUGGACCCAUUGCCCUGAGCUGCGGCUUCAAGUCCCAAGAGCCGGGGCGCCUGGGGGGCUCAGUGGGUUAAGCCUCUGACCUCCGCUCAGGUCAUGAUCUCACAGUUCGUGAGUGUGAGCCCCACGUCGGGCUCUGUGCUGACAGCUCGGAGCCUGGAGCCUGUUUCGGAUUCUGUCUCCCUCGCUCUCUGCCCCUCCCCCGGCUCAUGCUCUGUCUCGUUCUGUCUCUCAGACAUUAACAAAAAUAUUUAUAACGUCCCAAGAGCAAAGACGGAAGUUCACGCAGCGUGGGAGGCAGUGGUAGAUGCCUUCAGGCGCUUGCACAGAAUCCCCUGCAUGAGGCUCCCUGGCAGCAAGGCUAGGGGGUUGGGGGGGGGGGCGGCAAGGAACGCUGCCCCUCUGUUUGCCUGUGGUGUUUGUGAGCGUCCCGGGGCAGACUGGGUGGCUGAAACUCCAGAAGCUUCCUCUUGCACACUCUGGAGGCCAGAAGUCUGAAAUGCAGGGUCAGCAGGCCUCCAGGGGAGGACCCUUCCUGCCUCUUCCAGCUCCCUGUGGUCCCUCUCUACGCUUGGGGUCCCUCGGCUUACAGCUGUGUCACUCCAGCCUCUACGUCCAUUGUCACAUGGCCUUCUUCCUGUGUGUCUGCGUCUCUUUUAAGGACACCAGCCCGUGGCAUCGGGCCCACUCUACUCCUAUAUGACUUCAUCUCAGCUGCGAAGAUCCUGCUUGCACAUGGGGUCACCUUCACAGCUCUGCCUGCCCCGGAUCCUGCUUUUCCCAAGAGAAGAGGAUGGCUGCUGGGAGUUAGUGACCUUCGAGGAUGUGGCCGUGGCCUUCUCCCGGGAGGAGUGGGCCUUGCUGGACCCUGCUCAGAAGAGGCUGUACAGAGAGGUGAUGCUGGAGACCUACAGGAACCUGGCCGCACUGGAUUUGGCUGCCAAACUGAAAAGCCAAGAGUCAUCUUGUAAGAAGGUGGUUUGGGGGGAAGAACCACCCAGUGGUGUGACUAUAGUAAAGCUUCCCAAAGGAGACUGGAGCUAUGGUCAACUUGAGGAGAAUCGUGAAGCCCUGCACAGGCUUUGGAGGCAGCUGGCGUACCCCCAGGCGGAGGUGUUUGCUCAAAGGGAGACCACUGCUUGGCAUGAGUUUGGGGAAGCCUGUAGUAUGAGCUCAGACCUUGCUUUGUCUCAAGGAGGUUCUACAGAAGAACAUUCCCACGACUGUGGUCUAGAUAUUGAGAGUUUGGUAGCUAAUCCAUUCUUAAACCAUCAUCAGAUGGCAUAUACAGAUCAGAGACCCUGUGAAGGGAACGAAUGUGGAAAAGACGUCGGCCACAACAGUGCCUUCGGUCAACACCACAGAGCCGCCGAAAGCGGGGAAUCAUUUCCUCACGGUAUGGCUCUCACAACACACAACACGGUGAAUACAGCGGGGAAACCCUACGAGUGUCACCACUGCGGGAAAGUGUUUAACCGGAGGCAUUCCCUGAGUGAACAUCAGAGAAUCCAUACAGGAGAGAGACCAUAUGAAUGUCAGGAAUGUGGGCGAGCCUUUACGCACAGCUCAACCCUCACACGACACUUGAGAACUCAUACUGGAGAGAAACCCUAUGCGUGCGGCGAAUGUGGGAAAGCCUUCAACAGGAUUUCGUCUCUCACCCAACACCAGAGGAUUCACACAGGGGAAAAGCCCUACAAAUGCAAAGACUGCGGAAAGUCCUUCUGCCAGAGUUCUUACCUGGUCUUGCACAAGAGAACGCAUACGGGCGAGAAGCCCUACGAAUGUAACGAGUGUGGAAAGGCCUUCAGUGAUCGUUCCUCGCUUAACCAACACGAGCGGACUCACACCGGUGAGAACCCCUAUGAAUGUAAUCAGUGCGGAAGAGCCUUCAGUCAGAGGUCUUCCCUCGUGAGGCACGAGAGGACUCACACCGGAGAGAAACCGUACGGCUGUAGCGAAUGUGGGAAAGCGUUCAGCCAGAGCUCGUCCCUUAUCACACACCAGAAAACUCACACCAGUCAGAAAACCUAUAAAAUAAUUGAUUGUGGGAAAGCUUUCUAUCAGAGCAGCAACCUCAUUGGGUUUUGGCACCAGAGGCGGGUCUCGGAAAAGCAUCCAAUCAGGAGCCCUGGGAGAGGGAGGACUCCGAGCACCAUCCAAUCAGGGCGCGGGGGCCCGGAACACCGUCCAAUCAGGCGCGGGGGCGGGCGCGCUUGCGGCCGCGUGGACGUGGCUCCGGGCAGGUCCCGGGGGCUCCUGCGCACCUGCCCGCGCGGACCCAGGUGUCUUCCUCUCACCUGCCCGGCCCUCGGGCCCGCGGGGAAGACGUCUUCCCCGGAGAGCUCGGAGCCGAGCCCCGACAUGGACUCAGUGGUCUUUGAGGAUGUGGCUGUGGACUUUACCCUGGAGGAGUGGGCUUUGCUGGAUUCUGCUCAGAGAAAGCUCUACAGAGAUGUGAUGCUGGAAAACUUGAAAAACCUGGCCGCAGUGGAUGAUGAGACUCAAUUGAAGGCCAAUGGGUCUGUUUCUCAGCAGGAUGCUUAUGGGAAUAAAAUAUCCAAGGGAAACAAAUUGGCAAAGUUCACCAGAAAUGAAUCCUGGGCCUCUGUUUUAGGGAAAAUUUGGGAAGAACUCAGCACGGAAGAUCAGCCCACAAACCAGGAGAGACAUCUGAGAAAUCCUGUGGUGGAGAGACUCUCUGAAAGUAAUGGUCAGUGCAGGGAAGGCUCCAGUCAGAUUCCAAAUCUUAAUCUGUAUGAGAAAACUCUUUGCGGAGUUAAAGAGGAUGAAUGCAGUAAGUAUGAGAAAGUCUUCGGGCGUCACUCCCUCGAGAGUCACAUCACCAUGCACGCUGGACACAAAGCGUAUCAGUGUCAGGAGUGUGGGCGGGCCUAUAGCUGUCGUGCACACCUAAGAAUGCAUGUGAGAACCCACAACAGAGAGAGAACCUACGCGUGUAAAUUAUGUGGAAAAACCUUUCCUCGUACCUCUUCCCUCAACCGGCACAUAAGGAUUCACACUGCUGAGAAAACCUAUGAGUGUCAGCAAUGUGGGAAAGCCUUCAUUGAUUUCUCAAGUCUUACUAGUCAUGUGAGAACUCACACUGGAGAGAAGCCAUAUAAGUGCAAGGAAUGUGGGAAAGCCUUCAGUUAUUCCUCAACUUUCCGGAGACACAUGAUAACGCACACUGGAGAGAAGCCCUAUAAAUGUAAGGAAUGUGGGGAAGCCUUCAGCUACUCCUCAACUUUUCGGAGGCAUAUGAUCUCACACACUGGGGAGACACCACAUAAAUGUAAGGAAUGUGGAGAAGCCUUCAGCUACUCCUCAGCUUUUCGGAGGCACAUGAUCUCACACACUGGAGAGAAGCCCUAUGAAUGUAAACAGUGUGGGAAAACCUUUAUUUACCUGCAGUCCUUCCGGAGACACGAAAGGAUUCACACUGGAGAGAAACCCUACGAAUGCAAACAGUGUGGGAAAACCUUCAUUUAUCCCCAGUCCUUUCGAAGACACGAAAGGACUCAUGGUGGACAGAAGCCCUAUGAGUGCAGCCAGUGUGGGAAAGCCUUCAGCCAUCCCUCGUCCUUUCGAGGGCAUAUGAGAGUGCACACUGGGGAGAAACCUUAUGAAUGCAGUCAGUGUGGCAAAACUUUCAACUGGCCCAUCUCCUUACGAAGACAUCUGAGGACACACACCAGAGAGAAACCCUACGAGUGCAAACAGUGUGGGAAAGCCUUCAAUUUGUCUGCUUGCUUUCGAGAACAUGUGUGGAUGCAUCCAGGAGACAAGUCCUAUCAAUGCAAGCUAUGCGGGAAAGCGUUCUAUUGCCACAUAUCCUUACAGAAACACAUGAGAAGGCACACCGCAGAGAAACUCUAUGAAUGCAAGCAGUGCGGGAAAGCUUUCAGUUGGCCUGAACUCCUGCAGCAGCACGUGAGAACACAUACCGCGGAGAAACCCUAUGAAUGUAAGGAAUGCGGGAAGGUCUUCAAAUGGCCGUCAUCCUUGCCGAUACAUAUGAGAGUGCACACUGGAGAGAAACCCUAUGAAUGUAAGGAGUGUGGGAAGGCCUUUAGUUGUUCCUCAUCCUUAAGAAGACAUGUAAGGAUACACACUACCGAGAGACACUACUUAUGCACUGCGGGAAAUUCUGCAGAUGAAUUCAUGCCCCAUGCUUCAGAAAAUCCACACCAGGAGAGAAAUCUGAUAAAAGUUGUAAAUAUGGUACUGCCUUUGUGAGAACCCCAUCAAAGUGGACCCAUGGGGUGUGCAUUUCCAGUUCUUUUACAGAUAAAAACUUGGGUGCAGAAUAGCUCUCCGAGUACUCUUAGCUUUCAUACGAAAGUUUGCAAAUACUAUGUUUUCCCCUACAUUUCAGUAAAUAAACCUAUCUUUACAGUU